AUGAAAGCAAAGUGGAAAGAAGUUUUAUGUUUUUUUAUGGUGAAGCUGAUUUUAGUUCAAUGUGACUACUUUUCAGUUGUUGCUUCUGCGAUUUUAAGGAUUGAUGAGCCUUACAGGGUUGUUGUGGUUUCUCAUGACAUGUAUGGUGAAGAAAUGGACAUAAAAGUUGGAGUACAUGGAGUGUCCAAUACAGGAGAAGUUGUUGAAGUGUUUCAGGACUUAACUUUGAAUCCUGGAAGUUCAAAAGUUCUCAAAUUUCAGUUUCCAAACAUUUCCCUCGGUUUGUAUGAACUAGUUGCAGAGACUGAUGACUUCUCAAAGUCUGUUGGAUUAUACAUUAAUCCUCAAAAAGUCACAUUGAUGAUACAAUUAGAUAAGCCAAUUUACAAAAUGACAGACGUUGUGAAUUUUAGAAUAUUUGCAAUUGAUUCCCGAACAAAGCCUUAUAUGAAAACACUUGGAUAUAGCAAGAUUUGGAUUUUAGAUCCAAGGAAUAAUGAACUUAAAUCAUGGGAAAACGUGCAAUUAAGUAUGGGAGUUUACCAAAACAAGUUCGUGUUUACGAGACUUCAACCUGGAAUAUAUGAAAUUUUGGCGGAAGUUGAUGAUACUAUUAUAUCCAAACAGUUUGAAAUCUUUAAAGAUUCACAGUCAAUUUAUGACUUGAAAUUGACAGUUCCUGAGAGAGUUUCAAUCCGUGAUGGAGCAAUACGGAUCAAAAUUUCCAUUCAUUUACGAUCAAAAUAUGUUUUGGAUAAUUUACAUUCAAUUUCGGGAAUGUUGAUCUUAACAUGUGAUGCGAUGAGAUUUGUUAAGCACCAAAAAAUUAUUAAUGUCACUCACUAUGAAUUGUACGAAAGUAUUGACUUUAAAAAUGAUUUGGGUUUGGAAUUUAUGAAUGAUCAAAGGAAAUAUAUAUUGCAAAUUGUCUUUACGGACGCUGUGACGAAGAAAAAUUUUACAUCCAUAGCGGCAUUCACAAUAGAAAUGAGCGACUUUCAAAUACAAAUUGUUCAUUCUCCGAAAUAUUUUAAAAUUAGACUUCCAUAUAGCUUUACAUUAUUGGUAACCAAGUCUGUUGACGAAUUACCUGUGAUGAGCUCAACAGAACCCAUUUAUGUUGUUGUCAAAGACGACAAGGAUGACAUUUUAAUAGAUCAAGAUUUCGAACUCGACCCAAACACAGGCUCAGUUGAGAUUUAUACACCUGAAAUACCGGAAGACACGCUAUUUUUAAACAUUUUUGCACAGUAUGACAAAAUACAAUAUUUUCAGCAAGUCAAUCUAUCCUCAACACAAAGAAGUGAGUCUAUUGCUAUUGAUGUUCUUACACCACGUCCGAAAAUGUAUGAACAAAUUGAUUUUGAAUUGACUACGACAAGCAAAUCGGCAUCAUUUGCUGUAUUCCAAGUAUUGGCAAAGGGUCUAUUGAAAAUAUCGAAAUUGAUCCCUCUUGAUUAUGGUUAUGCCAAUUUUUCUAUAACACCAAAAUUCUCCUACACACCGAAAGCACAUUGCAUUGUGUAUUUUAUUACUGAGGAUGGGGACUUGAUAAGUGAUUCUAUAGUCUUGAAUUUUGACAAUCAAUUCCCUAACUUUGUUCAUCUUAAUAUUGAUUCCAUCGACUCAAUAACCCCAGGCUCUUCGUUUUCUCUGAAUGUCACAAGCACAUUAUUCUCAUCCGUAAGUCUUCUUGCAAUUGAUCAACGGGGCAUUUCACAGCGACACAAAUACGACAUUUUAAAAGGCUACGUCUUCGACAAUGAACUUAUGAAAUAUGAUCGUGCAGCAAUAGAAAAUUUUUAUGACUUUGAUAUUCCAUUCUGGUUCUAUCCAUUGUCAUAUCAGAAAACAUUUUUUGAGGUUGGUGCUGUGAUUUUGAGUAAUGCUGUUCAAAAUAUUCCAUGCAAGGCUGAUGACAGCGAAGUGAGUGUUUACGACAAGUUCGUGAUUGAUGAUGAGCAGAGUUUAAAAGCUUCGAAAUAUUUGGAAAGAGAAAAAGUUGAGGAUGUCAAGCAAUACUUUGAAGGAUUUUUAUUUAAGACUGUGAGUCUUGAAAAUUCAACAGAUCCAGAAGGAAUAAAAAGCGAAAAAUUAAUUCUUGCGGAUCUUCCAGAAGAGUCAGCAACAUGGGCUUUUACAGCAAUAACAUUGAAUGAAGAAUAUGGAUUUGGAAUGUCUGAAGAUCCAUUUUUGCUGGAUUCAUACAAAAAGUUUUUUAUUGACUUUUCAGUUCCAGCAUUUCUUAAGGUCGGAGAAAUUUUCUUGAUCGAAAUUUUGAUUGGGAAUUUACACGAUGAAGAUUUAACAGCCAAUGUUCAAGUAUUUGAUUAUCAUCGAGGUUUUAAAAUUUCUCGUCCAUGGACUUACGGUUGGAAUGAAGCAGAUAAAGGAUAUAUUCAAAGUGUAGAGAUUCCACCAUUCAAUGUCCAUAGACUUGUUAUUGAAGUAAGUGCAGAAACUUUUGGAAGUUAUAGUAUUCAAAUAGCAGCAACAUCGAUUAAAGGUGUAGAGUCUAAAGUGGAAACAAUAACAAUAAUUCCAGAAGGAUUUUUGACGAGAAAAACAGACACAAUUUUUAUAGCUACUGAGAACUGCUCUUCAAAUAUCUUAAAAACAUUAAAAUUGAAUUUAGAUGAAGAAUCUAUAAUUGAUGGAACUGUUGCUGUUCAUGCAAAUGUUGUUGGUGAUAUUAUAGGAAUCACAUUGUCAAACAUAGAUGCAAUUUUUAAGGAAUCAAUUGGAAAUGCUGAAGAUAUUUUGUUUGUAUUUUCAUUAAACGUGCUUACUCUCGACUAUCUAAUCCUUACUGACCAACUUACAGCACCGAUAAAAACCAAAAUUGAGCAUUAUUUGACCCAAAGUUAUCAGAAGUUGAUUAAGUUUAAAAAUAUGGAUGGAUCGUUUAGUUCUUUUAUAAGUAACAGCACUCAAGGCUCAAUUUGGCUUACAGCAAAUGUAAUGAGAUAUCUUCAAAAAGCACAACGUUACAUAGACAUCCAUCAAGAAGUUUUCCUUGAAGCUUUAGUCUUCAUCGCAUCCAAACAAGAGAUAAGCGGAAAAUUUCAAUCUGACAAAGAAGCUUCACUAGAAAAUUUAGUCGAUAAAGUUCAAACAGAUGUGGCAUUUACAGCAUUCAUUGGAAUUUUAUUCGAAGAAAAUAAAAAGUCUUAUCCGCAAUACAUUUCAGUGCUGCAUAAAGCUGUCGAGUAUGUUGAACUAAAUUAUGAUAAAAAUAAUUUGUAUUCACUUGCACUCGUGACAUACUUUAUGUAUGAAGUAGACUCACCACUCAAAUAUGAACUCCUACAAAGUCUUUUAAGCCACAUUCAAGAAAUUUCAUCAAAUGAAGUCUUUUGGAAAGAGUUUAAUGCGACAUCAAUAGAUGUUGAAAUAAAUGCAUACUGUUUAAUGAUACUCGAUCAUAUUCCUGAACUGUAUGCUGAAGCAUUCAUGAUUGUCCAAUGGCUGCUAAUCCAUCAGAAUUCAAAUGCAAAAUUUUUCUCAACACAAGACACGAUUGUUGCACUAGAAGCGAUUUCUCGUUUUGCAUCACGACUAUCGGAUACUGGAGAGAAUUUGGAAAUUGCUUUAGCACCAAACAGCGAUGAAGAUCAUGCUGAAAACAUUUCAAUUGAUGGUCCAUUGAAAUUAGUAAAGCAAAUGUUUAUGCUUCCUCCUACAACAAGAUACCUUGAUGUAUCUGCACAUGGUGAUGGUUUCGCAAUCGUUCAACUUUCAUGCAGUUACUAUAUGUACUCAUUUCAAUCGAGCGAUGAAAUCAUCUUGACGACAAAGUUUAAGGAAGAAUCGUGCAGUGACUAUUUGAUACUUAGUGUUUCAAUUGAAUUGGCUUUAGGCGAGAUUAGUGAUGCUAUUGGAGUAACUAUCGAGAGUCCAAGUGGAUUUGUUUACGAUGAUUCUAUAAUUGUUCUUCCUGAUUGUGUUGUGAAUAUUGAGGAACUAAAUCAAGGAACCAAAGUUAAUAUCUAUCUAAAGAACUUCGGAAGGAAUAUCCAACUGCAUCUUUCAUUUUUGAAGAAAUUUAUAAUUUUUAAUGAUGCAUUUUCAAAUAUUGAAGUCUUUGAUCUUAACAGAGAUACUAUUAAGACUUCUGCAUUUUACAAAGCAUCAAGAGAUUUCCCAUUAUGCAGCAAUCAAACACUUACUACAUCACCUCCAAUUUAUGAGUUCACGACACUAGAGCCAUUGUCUACUCGUUUUCAUCAAAGAGUUGCAGUAAGUGAGAAGCAAGAUAAAAAUAACUUUACAACAGAAGACGAUGGCAGUGUUUUAGAUGAUUCUGAUUUUGUUACUAAAAAGCUUGAUUAUGAAGAAGAAUUGGAUAAUUUCCUAAAUCUAGAGGACAUAGAAGAUUCUUCAAUAAUGGAAAAUCCAAUAGCUAAUAAUGAAUUGGGUGGCUCAGAAAAAUUUGGUCUACAAGGAAAUUCAGAUGUUGAUUUGAAAACAGACGGUGAUUUCAAAGCAAAUUUUGAGGACAAUGAUAACACCAACAGAAAUUCAGAAAAUUUUGAUGCAAAUGACCUUGAAGAUAAUGAUUUGGAAAUUAAUGACGAAGAUAUUACCGAUCUGGAUUAUAAAAGCGAAGACUCUGACUUGUUAAAAAAUCUUCUUGUAGAUAGUAAUGAGAUCAUUCCAGCUGUCGAAGAAGCUUUUGAUUCAGAUGAUUUGCCUGAUGAGAAUAGCAUCACUUUUUCAGACGACAUUUCUUUUAAUUUCACUUCUUACACUGAAACUCCUAAUCAUAUCGAUGAUGAAACAAAUGAACUUAACGAUGCAUUUGAGACGAAAACAGAUCUGGAUUUUAUAGAUUCAGAAAGCUCUGGAUCCGCAAAGAUUUUUCUUGACACAGAAAGUGAUGUUGAUGAUGUUGAUAUUAAUGAAGAUCUGUCAGCGACUGAUGAGUUGAUAGAUACACAAGAGGAAUUAAUAUCCUUAGAAUUGGAGGAAAAGGAACAAAAUUAUCGAACAACCAAUGAGUCAACGAUCUAUUAUGAAGAUACAACAACAUUGGCAUAUGAAGAAAUUUUCACAGUGAAAGAAAAUGAUGAAUUGACAACAUUUGAAGAUCCACCAACUACGACUACAUCAGCAAGCUUAAAUAAGCUAUUGAAAAGGAAAAUCAAACCAAAAGCAUUACCAAAAUCAUUCAAAAGUAGAUCAAAUCCAAUUCAGAAUCAACGCAUCCCAAAGUUGCCAUCAAAAUUCAUGAAAUUUCCUAAAAACUAG